AUGGACCAGGAAGAAGCCCCACCGCCGCCUUACUCUGCUGUCGAUCCUUUACUGCCGCCGGCGAAUAAUAGCAGUGGGGAUGCUCAGUCGACAUCAGGUCCUGUGCGUGAACAUGUCGCAGAGUUACCAGCUGCCGGUAGCUCCCGGAUUGUGGACCUUCCUCCAUCGACAACCCCUGCUAUUGUGCCAACCAAUUUUACAUCUGCGGUAGCUUACUUCGAGGAGAGGCUCCCAUUGGUAUCAGAUGACAAUCGCGGCAUUUUGCACCACCACAUGACGAUAUAUCCCCGCAGCCAGAGCAAGGAUUUCCCUCGAAGGCCGCGCUGUUGGGCAUCUCGACGGGAUGAAAUUACUCAACAAGACUGGGAUACCUUCCUUCGUUAUCUAUUUCCCCCACACCUGGGAUUAGCCGCGGCCUCACAGCAAUUACAUCCUCACGUAAGGGCAGAGAUACAGCGAGAUCGUAAGGAUCGACCACAGGAACCGGAUGAACAGCGGCGUGCGCGUAUUAUGGCCGUGGUUGAUGAGUGGAAUCAAUGCUUCUUUGAACCUCGAGCUGCGGGUAUCGUCUCUGUCUAUAUUGGAGAAGCGGAUGGGGCGCCUGAAUCUGCCUUGUGUCCUCGUUGCUAUCCUGCCGCAACGAAAGCUACACAGGGUACUACUACUAGUAGUGCGUCACCAUCGGUUGAAGGGCAAUCAUCACCAUGGAGCUCGAGUACACCAUCUCCAGUUCCAGGCCAGCAUGCUCAAUCUCCAGGGUGGCCGUUCGUCCCAGGACCGUAUGGAAUCCCACCUGGCCCUGUACCGUAUGGCACGCCAUACGGCGUUCCCCCAGGUCCUAUGCACCAACAACCUCCACCACCGGGAGCAGCGCCUUGGCAAUACCCUUAUCCUUAUGCUCACGCCCCAAAUUCAGGCGGUGGGACAUCCAAGAGCGGUCCAUUCGGCUGGAUCUCCAACAUAACAGCACAAGCACAGAAAUACGGAGAGCGAUUCGCAGAGCAGGCGCAGCAUUAUGGUGAUCAAAUCAGUGCGCAAGCUAUGCAAUAUGGCCGACAGGUCGAGGAACAUGCCAGAUGGGUUGAAGAACAAGCUCGGUUCAGCCGAAAAUACAAUACCUAUGCGCCAGGCGGAUACGGUCCACGUCCUCCUUGGCUUCCUGCUCAGACGGGCACGCCACCUGCUGCUCAAACCGCUCCGGUUGAACUCGAUUCAUUAGCUGUUCGUCCAACCAGUACACAGUCUGCACCAGUUCAAACCAGUACAUAUUUCGUCCCAGUUCAACCACAAACCUCCGCUCAAACGCGAAGCUCAGUCCAGGUGCAGAGCUUACCACAGACUCAAACGCUACCCCAGACCCAAAGUUCACCCCGACCGCAAAGCUUGGUUCAAACCGAAACCCGUAACCUGGACGAAGACAAAGAUCAUACCGCGACUGAGAGUUCUCGUCGCGACUCAGUUGACUCUAUCGCAUCUGAUGGCUCACUCAGCUCCUUCCACUCUUUAUCCUCAUGCUCUGAUCUCGACGCCUCCGAUUUGGCCAAAGUUCGCACUCAGCUCCAGUCUUUGAAUUACUGCCACGAUAGGGUUCUAUACGAUGCGGCUGUCGAUCUCCGUGAUCAACUCGAUGUUCUCAAGGUUUCUCGUCGUGAAGCCCGGUCUUCUGGCCGUCCAAGCUGGGGACGUGGCCAAGGCCGUCAAGGAUCUCAAGCACGAGACCACACUGAUUGGGGCCGAUGGGACUCUCCUGAGGCGCAACAGCGUCAGGAUAGAGAGAAGAAAGCCAUGAAGGAAGAGUUACGGGCUACAAGGAAGGCUUUUCGCGAGGUCGUUCGCAGAGCUCGUGAAGAGCAGCACGAAUCAAGGCGAGUUCGCAAGAAGCGUCAGCGAAAGGAAGGGAAAAACAAGUCUGUUGAUAAGGGUAAUACCGUGUCCAAGGACCAGGUCGCCUUGGAUCAACGCUUGAGUAGUCUUUCCUUGAGCCAGCAACAGACUGCUCACCCCGUCCGGGCUCAGACCGAUUCCGCUGGCUAUAACUAUGCAGCUCACCCUGCACCUGUGCGUGCUGAUACUAGCUCGGUAAUCAGCAGUGCCAGCUCAAUUCAUGCUCGCUCGUCUUCCCAGACAAGCACGACCGAGCCUCCUGCAGAGGGUACAGAUCGGAAGAGCAUGUCAGGAGCGCAGAGACUUCGUGACAAGUUGAAAUCACGUUCUGCCAAGAAACAGCAGCAGUCAAGUACUGCCGAACCUGAGUCUAAAAAUGGCGAGUCCAGAUCGUGGAAGAAGAACGAUUGA